UAAAUAUUUAUUUGCCAAGGGAUGAAAACCAACCUUUCUUUUCCCUUAAAUGAAAAUAAAUGUUAAGUUUUUAAUACAAGUAGGCAUUAUUGUACUGGUUGCAUUACACACCUACGCUCAUAGAUACGGUUACGUGUGCUACUGACCUUGUUAUAUAGUGUGUGGGGACUUAUAGAGGAAGGUAAUGGCUUGGCGGGGUGCUGCUAUAAGGCGAGCCAGGCGAGGCAGAACUCAUCCGCCGGAGGUUGUCUGCUAUCGGAUGGUCUCUGUGUCAGCAGGGAGAGCCAAGUAUACAGUUGUGGCUCCCAGCGCCUCUCAACCUACAUGUCGCUCGACGCCCGUGUUGAGGUGCAGCCAGGGCCAUGUGGUGAUGAUGUAUGUGGCUCCUGUACGUGAGAGUCGGUGUUUCUCCUCCUCGCUGUAGUCUCCGGAAAGGACUGAUGCAGGUGCAGCAUCCUUCCAUGCCGCCCGAUAAGUGGGCCAGACCCAACCCUGCAGUGAGUCUCCCACAGGCAAGGGUCUCCUGGGUCCCGCUCCCUCCCUGCCCCGCGCCCUGACGUCAUGAAGGGGGCGGGAUUUACCUAGGCGCCACACUCGACGAAGGCCCCCAUAUUGACGAAAAAAGUGCCUAUCGGCCAUUUUUUAGUGUACUGACUUACUGGAUUUCCUCAUUUUUACUUUACAAGAUAGGGAAGCCAGGAGUGGGGAGGAGGAUGGGGCGGGGCGAGGCCGAGGUCGUGGAACUGUCAUCUUUAGCCCCAGGCGGCGACCACCAGCCAAUGAGCGCGCGGCGCGGACGACGUGCCGGCCCGAGGCGCCCCCGCCAACCCGGAUGCCAGCCCUCAACCUACCCCCGGGCACGCUGGCACCCGGGGCACUCACCUCUAUGGAAAGUGUCAAGAAUUAGUGAAACAAACACAUAAGGCAGCAUAAUGAAAUGUGGAAGUGUGGGUGUGUGCUCGGCGAGGAGCAUCUGGCGGGCGACAGGAGUCAAGGGCCGGGCCGGCGGGACCCCGCGCCGGGCCAAGAAGCUGCCCAGCCCCUCCUGAGGUCCGACUCAGCAGGCCUGAGUUGAAGCAGAAGAAGCAGGAGAAAGAGGAAGAGGAGAAGGAGAGGGGCAUGGAGGGGAUGGAGGCAGCACACGGGGGGUUGCCAGACGUCUUCGGAGAGGCGGUGGUGAAGUGAGCGGGAGGGAGGAGGAGGCAUGAAGAAGCUUCGCUACAGUCACAGCGGCGUCCUGCCUCCACGCCAUUCCCACUCCGACCACCACACGGAGAGGACCACCGACAUCCUCCGUCCCACACACUGACAAGGAGGAUUGACUAUACUCGCUCUUCGGGACACCAGAGAAAGAAGAGCGGGAUGGGGGGCGAGCACGUCUUCCUCACGGGGUGGCUGCUGCUCGUGUAUGUGACAGCAUCCACAUUUGCAGCUCCUUACCUCCCGACUGGCCAGCAGAGACAGACAGACUUCUCCACCGUCUUCCAUGCAUCUAAAGGAGGCUUGAUUGGACCACUGUUUCGACACGACGGAGCAUAUCAGCUGGAUUCACCAAGCACUGAUGGAGGCUGCUAUUACCAGUUCAUACACUAUGAUGAGGGAGACAGAAUCGUCACGAACGAGCCUUGCCUCAACUGUACCUGCCACAAUUCCAUGCUCAUGUGCUACCUCAAGGUGUGUCCCUUCAGCAAGCCCAUUGGCAAGGACUGUACCGUGGAGAAAAACCCAAACCAGUGCUGCCCAGUUAUCACGUGCCCUCAAGUACCAGUGAACCUUCAAGUAAUGCAGACCACCACCACACCACCCCCUCCUCUCAACACCGGCCUCAUGCCUUUCACCGAGCAUGGCUGUACUAUUGAUGGUUUCUACUACCCAGAUGGCGCUCAGGUGCCUGGUGAACCUGAUAAACCGUGCGAGCUGUGUUACUGCAUUAGGAACCACACAGCAUGUGUAAUGCAAGAGUGUAUUCUAAUGGUUCCUGGGUGCAAGCCAGUAUUUGAGGAGGGUGUCUGCUGCCCUGUUAGAUACAACUGUGCUCAUGAUGAAAUUGAGGCUGUCCCAACAACCACCACACUGGCACCAGAGAGCAAUGCAACUACUGCUCCCCCAACUACUACAAUGUUACCAGGAUCUUCAGGGUGCAUUCAUAAAGGAGAAUUUUAUGCAGAUGGUUCACUCAUCAACACAGAAGAUCCCUGUGAACACUGCUACUGCAUGAUGGGAGAUCUGGUAUGUGCUGUCCAGGAAUGUCAGUCACCAUUAGAUGAGAUGCAAGAAAGCUGCAUCCCGCAAUUGCCACCACCUGGGAAAUGCUGCCCAGAGGCAUAUGACUGUCCUGAGGUAACUACAACUAUACCAUCAGAAGUCACUGCAGUCACAAUAGAAUCUCUUCCAUCAAAUGACACCACUCACCUGCAAACAAGUAAAACAACAGAAUCCACAGAGGAAACCACCAAGACCACACCAUUUAUUUCAGUACAGACCACUGAGUCUCCAGUAGAUACUGAAGAGACAACUGAUUCUUCAGGAGACACCGAUGAGACAACUGAUUCUUCAGGAGACACCGAUGAGACAACUGAUUCUCCAGGAGAUACAAGUGAUCCCAGUGAUUCAGUAACCACUACAGUUGAGACUACUGAUUCUACAACAGUAGCAAAGGAGACCACGCCUCACGUAUCUAUUGAAGCCAGUGAGGUCACCACUGUUGCACCAGCUGUCACCAGUGAUGCAACUUAUAAACCAAAGCCAAGCACCGAGGCCACUGACUCACCAGUUGAUGGUGGUGAGACCACUGAUUCUCCAGUAGAUACAAGUGAUACUUAUUUGCCUGAUUCUGUCGUGACCACUGAUUCUUUGGAUGUUGGUGUGACCACUGACUCUCCAAUAGAUAUAACUGAUACCACUGAUUCUUUGGACACUGAUACUCCUGAAGACACAAGUGAUACCAGUGAUUCUACAGGUGCUACUGGUGUAACCACUGAUUCUACAACAGUAACGAAGGAAACCACGCCUCAUAUAUAUAUUGAGCCCAGUGAAGUCACCACUACUGCACCAGCUGUCACCAGUGAUGCAACUUAUAAACCAAAGCCGACCACUGAGGCCACUGGUGCUACAGAAGAUGUUGAUUACCCCACUGAUGCUACAGACAUUGGUGUGACCGCUGAUGCUACAGACAUUGGUGUGACCACUGAUGCUCCAGUAGAUGUAAGUGAUACCAGUGAUUCUACAGAUGCUGGUGUGACCACUGAUUCUCUGGAAGUUGAUCUUACGACUGAUGCUUCUGUAGAUGCAAGUGCUACUGGUGUGACCACUGAUGCUACAACAGUAGCAAAGGAGACCACACCUCACGUAUCCAUUGAAGCCAGUGAGGUCACCACUGAUGCACCAGCUGUCACCAGUGAUGCAACUUACAAGCCAAAGCCAUCCACUGAGGCCACUGAAUCCCCAAUUGAUGUUGGUGAGACCACUGAUUUUGCCGAUAUUGAUUACCCCACUGAAUCUCCAGACACUGGUGUGAUCACAGAUUCUCCAGAAGGUAUUGAUUAUCCCACUGAACCUCCUGUAGAUACAACUGAUACCGCUGAUUCUUCAGAGGCUGAUUUGACCACUGAUUCUCCAACAGUAACAAAAGAGACCACGCCUCACAUAUAUAUUGAGCCCAGUGAAGUCACCACUACUGCACCAGCUGUCACCAGUGAUGCAACUUAUAAACCAAAGCCAACCACUGAGGCCACUGAUUCACCAAUUGAUCCUGAUUUGAUCACUGAUUCUCCAGAUAUUGAUUAUUCAGAAACUGGUCUGACCACCGAAUCUUCAGAUAUUGGUGUGACCACUGAUUCUUCGGAUGUUGAUGUGCCCACUGAUUCUCCUGUAGAUACAAGCGAUUCUACAGAUGCUACUGGUGUGACCACCGAUUCUACAACAGUAACGAAGGAAACCACGCCUCACAUAUAUAUUGAGCCCAGUGAAGUCACCACUACUGCACCAGCUGUCACCAGUGAUGCAACUUAUAAACCAAAGCCGACCACUGAGGCCACUGGUGCUACAGAAGAUGUUGAUUACCCCACUGAUGCUACAGACAUUGGUGUGACCGCUGAUGCUACAGACAUUGGUGUGACCACUGAUGCUCCAGUAGAUGUAAGUGAUACCAGUGAUUCUACAGAUGCUGGUGUGACCACUGAUUCUCUGGAAGUUGAUCUUACGACUGAUGCUUCUGUAGAUGCAAGUGCUACUGGUGUGACCACUGAUGCUACAACAGUAGCAAAGGAGACCACACCUCACGUAUCCAUUGAAGCCAGUGAGGUCACCACUGAUGCACCAGCUGUCACCAGUGAUGCAACUUACAAACCAAAGCCAUCCACUGAGGCCACUGAAUCACCAACUGGUGCUGGUGAGACCACUGAUUCUCCAGAUAUUGAUGUGACCACUGAUUAUCCGGAAGAAAUUGAUGACACCUCUGAUUAUCCAGAACCAAUUGAUGAAACCACGGACUCUCCAACAGCUACUAGUGAGACUACUGAUUCAUCAAUAACAAAGGAGACCAUACCUCAUUCUGUUGAAACCAGUAUUUUCACCACUGAUACUCCAUUUGAAACCAGUGGUGUCACUGUCACAUCACCAGCAUCUACAGGAAUAACUGAUUUCUCAACAGUAACUAGUAAGACCACUGACUCUUCAGAAGGAGACAGUCUCGUUACUGAUCCUGCCACAGAUAUUGGGGGCACUACUGAUGAUCCUAGUGAGACCACUGAAGAUCCAAAAGAUAUUGAAGAGUCUACUAUGCAUGGUUACACGGUUUCUGCGGAGAUAACAACGCCUUCCAGUACACCUGCAUCUGACAAACCUAUCGUGUUCCCCGGAAGUUGUAGUAUCUCAGGAACCUUUGUUCCCAGUAAUACUGAAGUGCCACCAUUUAGACCGUGCCAAGAAUCCUGCUUAUGUUUGGAUGGUCAAGUGAAAUGUAAUAUGACAGCGUGCCCCUCUCCUCCUCCUGCAUUUCUUAGAUGCUCUCCCAAACCCCCGUCUGAGACAGAAUGUUGUCCCACAUAUUCAUGUCCAACUGUUGAUCCAGAAGUAACGGACGUGCCUUCCUGUGAAAAGGAUGGUGAAGUAUAUAUGGAUGGAGAGGAUGUGCCGAGUUCAGACCCUUGUGACUUAUGUUUCUGCAUGAGUGGAGAGAUAGUUUGUGCCCAUCAGGAAUGUAAAUUACCCGAAGGCAAGAAUUGUGUGGCUGUUGAAGAUCCUUCAGACUCAUGUUGCCCAACUAGAUAUAACUGUGAUGUACCUGACAUGAUCACAUCUCCUGCUGAGGAUUCUAGUACAUUCCCAACUGAUACCGAAGAAACCAUAACAGAGAUGCCAGGUACCAUGCUGACAGGACCGGAAACAUCCUUUGAAACGAGAACAACUCUUUCUGGAGGGAGUAGCACAAUCACCACUCCAAUAGCAUCCUCAACAGAACCUGAAACAUCAACUUCCCCAUCUCAGCCACCAGCAACCUUCGGUCCAGAAGUAACGGACCUGCCUGCCUGUGAGAAGGAUGGUGAAGUGUAUAUGGAUGGAGAGGUUGUGCCGAGCUCAGACCCUUGUGACUUGUGCUCCUGUUCGAGUGGAGAGAUUAUUUGUGCCCACCGUGAUUGUGAAGUGCCCAAGGGCCAGGAUUGUGUGCCUGUUGAAGAUCUUUCAGAUUCAUGUUGCCCAAUUAAGUAUAAUUGUGAGUUGACAUUCCCAGGUGAACCUGUUGAAACCACCACCGAGGUGUCAGAUGCUAUGCUGACACAACCAGUAACUUUCACCUAUGCCCCGUCUAGUACAAUGGAACCAACACCUUCAACAGAAAUUGGAAAAACUACUGAAUCUCCAGAGCUUGUAGACACCACUGUCUCAGAGGUAGAAAGUUCAGAAACCACCGAUUCCCCAUCACUAACACAAGAGACCACGCCUCACGUAUCUAUUGAAGCCAGUGAGGUCACCACUGUUGCACCAGCUGUCACCAGUGAUGCAACUUAUAAACCAAAGCCAAGCACCGAGGCCACUGACUCACCAGUUGAUGGUGGUGAGACCACUGAUUCUCCAGUAGAUACAAGUGAUACUUAUUUGCCUGAUUCUGUCGUGACCACUGAUUCUUUGGAUGUUGGUGUGACCACUGACUCUCCAAUAGAUAUAACUGAUACCACUGAUUCUUUGGACACUGAUACUCCUGAAGACACAAGUGAUACCAGUGAUUCUACAGGUGCUACUGGUGUAACCACUGAUUCUACAACAGUAACGAAGGAAACCACGCCUCACAUAUAUAUUGAGCCCAGUGAAGUCACCACUACUGCACCAGCUGUCACCAGUGAUGCAACUUAUAAACCAAAGCCGACCACUGAGGCCACUGGUGCUACAGAAGAUGUUGAUUACCCCACUGAUGCUACAGACAUUGGUGUGACCGCUGAUGCUACAGACAUUGGUGUGACCACUGAUGCUCCAGUAGAUGUAAGUGAUACCAGUGAUUCUACAGAUGCUGGUGUGACCACUGAUUCUCUGGAAGUUGAUCUUACGACUGAUGCUUCUGUAGAUGCAAGUGCUACUGGUGUGACCACUGAUGCUACAACAGUAGCAAAGGAGACCACACCUCACGUAUCCAUUGAAGCCAGUGAGGUCACCACUGAUGCACCAGCUGUCACCAGUGAUGCAACUUACAAGCCAAAGCCAUCCACUGAGGCCACUGAAUCCCCAAUUGAUGUUGGUGAGACCACUGAUUUUGCCGAUAUUGAUUACCCCACUGAAUCUCCAGACACUGGUGUGAUCACAGAUUCUCCAGAAGGUAUUGAUUAUCCCACUGAACCUCCCGUAGAUACAACUGAUACCGCUGAUUCUUCAGAGGCUGAUUUGACCACUGAUUCUCCAACAGUAACAAAAGAGACCACGCCUCACAUAUAUAUUGAGCCCAGUGAAGUCACCACUACUGCACCAGCUGUCACCAGUGAUGCAACUUAUAAACCAAAGCCAACCACUGAGGCCACUGAUUCACCAAUUGAUCCUGAUUUGAUCACUGAUUCUCCAGAUAUUGAUUAUUCAGAAACUGGUCUGACCACCGAAUCUUCAGAUAUUGGUGUGACCACUGAUUCUUCUGAUGUUGAUGUGCCCACUGAUUCUCCUGUAGAUACAAGCGAUUCUACAGAUGCUACUGGUGUGACCACCGAUUCUACAACAGUAACGAAGGAAACCACGCCUCACAUAUAUAUUGAGCCCAGUGAAGUCACCACUACUGCACCAGCUGUCACCAGUGAUGCAACUUAUAAACCAAAGCCGACCACUGAGGCCACUGGUGCUACAGAAGAUGUUGAUUACCCCACUGAUGCUACAGACAUUGGUGUGACCGCUGAUGCUACAGACAUUGGUGUGACCACUGAUGCUCCAGUAGAUGUAAGUGAUACCAGUGAUUCUACAGAUGCUGGUGUGACCACUGAUUCUCUGGAAGUUGAUCUUACGACUGAUGCUUCUGUAGAUGCAAGUGUUACUGGUGUGACCACUGAUGCUACAACAGUAGCAAAGGAGACCACACCUCACGUAUCCAUUGAAGCCAGUGAGGUCACCACUGAUGCACCAGCUGUCACCAGUGAUGCAACUUACAAGCCAAAGCCAUCCACUGAGGCCACUGAAUCACCAACUGAUGCUGGUGAGACCACUGAUUCUCCAGAUAUUGAUGUGACCACUGAAUUUUCAGUAGAUACAAGUGAUACUAGUGAUUCUUCAGAUAUUGGUGUGACCACUGAUUCUUUGGAUGCUGGUGUGACCACUGAUGCUCCAGUAGAUACAAGUGAUACCAGUGAUUCUACAGGUGCUACUGGUGUGCCCACAGAUUCUACAACAGUAACAAAGGAGACCACACCUCACGUAUCCAUUGAAGCCAGUGAGGUCACCACUGUUGCUUCAGCUGUCACCAGUGAUGCAACUUAUGAACCAAAGACAACCACUGAGGCCACUGGUGCUACAGAAGAUACUGAUUACCCCACUGAUUCUACAGACACUGAUUCUGUAGUCGAUCCUGAUGUGAUCACUGUUCCUUCAGUAAUUAGUGAAAGCACUGAUUAUCCUAUUGAUGAGGAUGAAACUACUACCACUGAAAUAACACCUGGACAGCCAGAUACGACCACAAGCACUGAGGGCAUUCCUGGUGAAGGGAGCUGUUAUUUCAACGGUACUGUUUAUUCCAAUGGAGCCUCAAUACCACCAUCCACACCAUGUCAUAUUUCUUGUGUCUGUCAGAACAGUCUCAUUGAAUGUACCUUGGAGGAAUGUGAGCUUCCUAGUGAAAGUCAUGGGUGCCAGCUGGUAGAAGUUCCUGGCCAGUGCUGCCCCAGUUAUAAUUGCACCAACGUGUGCUUAGUGGAUGGAGAAGUGUACGGCAAUGGUGAUGUCGUCCCAAGUGAAAAUAUCUGCAGUGAUUGUUACUGUUAUCAAGGCGAGGUUAUCUGUGCUACGAUUGAGUGUCUUCCACCUCCAGCCAGUAACUGCCGUGUGGCUACGAGGGAGGAUAUCUCUGUUUGUUGCCCAGAAUAUAUAUGUGACGGAUACGAAACUUCACCUCCUGAGAUGACAACAGUCUCCACAUCUUCGGGUGAGACAACCACACAUGUUCCUCUAGACAUUUAUGGCACAACCACUUCUCCAACAAAAGAUACUUAUGAUACAACCACUGAUGCUACAAAAGUCACUUACGACACAAGUACAGUUACCACAAAACAUACUGAAGACACAACUACCACUUCCGAAAAGGACACUGAUUAUACGACACACACAGUUAUUCAAGGACACGACCUCACUUACCACAACAGAAAUAGACCAUUCAACAGAUCAUGUGACAUUGCAAAUGAAAGACACUACAGUUUUACCAACAAAGAAACAGAUUACACAACUGUUGCCCCUGGCAGAGAAACAGAUUACACAACUGUUGCUCCUGGUAAGAAACAGAUUACACAACUGUUGCUGCUGGCAGAGAAACAGAUUACACAACUGUUGCUGCUGGCAGAGAAACAGAUUACACAACUGUUACCCCUGAGAAACAGAUUACACAACUGUUGCCCUGGCAGAGAAACAGAUUACACAACUGUUGCUGCUGGCAGAGAAACAGAUUACACAACUGUUGCUGCUGGCAGAGAAACAGAUUACACAACUGUUAGCCCUGGUAAGGAAACAGAUUACACAACUGUUGCUGCUGGCAGAGAAACAGAUUACACAACUGUUGCCCCUGGCAGAGAAACAGAUUACACGACUGUUGCCCCUGGCAGAGAAACAGAUUACACGACUGUUGCCCCUGGCAGAGAAACAGAUUACACAACUGUUGCCCCUGGUAAGGAAACAGAUUACACAACUGUUGCCCCUGGCAGAGAAACAGAUUACACGACUGUUGCCCCUGGCAGAGAAACAGAUUACACAACUGUUGCCCCUGGCAGAGAAACAGAUUACACAACUGUUGCCCCUGGUAAGGAAACAGAUUACACAACUGUUGCUGCUGGCAGAGAAACAGAUUACACAACUGUUGCCCCUGGCAGAGAAACAGAUUACACAACUGUUGCCCCUGGCAGAGAAACAGAUUACACAACUGUUGCCCCUGGUAAGGAAACAGAUUACACAACUGUUGCUGCUGGCAGAGAAACAGAUUACACAACUGUUGCUCCUGUUGAAGAAACAGAUUACACAACUAUUCCUCCUGCCAAUGAAACAGAUUACACAACUAUUCCUCCUAUUGAAGAAACAGAUUACACAACUAUUGCUCCUGCCAGUGAAACAGAUCACACAACUGUUUCUCCUGCCAGAGAAACUGAUUACACAACUGUUGCUCCUGGUAGAGAAACAGAUUACACAACUUUUGCUCCUCUUGAAGAAACAGAUUACACUGUUGCUCCUGUUGAAGAAACAGAUUAUACAACUGUUCCCCAUGGCAGAGAAACAGAUUACACUACUGUUGUUCCUGAUAGAGAAACAGAUUACACAACUGUUGCCCCUGGUAAGGAAACAGAUUACACAACUGUUGCUGCUGGCAGAGAAACAGAUUACACAACUGUUGCUCCUGGCAGAGAAACAGAUUACACAACUGUUGCCCCUGCCAGAGAAACAGAUUACACAAAUGAUGUUCCCACAAGAGAGGUUAGCGACAAAACUACUUCGUACACAAUAGAUACUGAGGACACAUCACUCAUUACUACAAAAGAAUAUGACUCCACAACUGUUGUUCACACUGAAGAAACUCAUUACACAACUGCUUCGAAAACGAAAGAAACAGAUUACACAACUGUUGCCCCCACCAAAGAAACAGAUUACACAUCUGUUGUCCCUACCAAAGAAAGUGAAUACACAACUAUUCACGCCACCAAAGAAACAGAUUACACAACUGUUCCUCCUGCAAGAGAAACAGAUUACACAACUGUUGCUCCUGCUAAAGAAACAGGUUACACAACUAUUGCUCCUGGCAGAGAAACAGAUUAUACAACUCUUACUCCAGUUGAAGAAACAGAUUACACAACUGUUGAUACUGACACACAAACAGAUUACACAACUGUAAUUCCCACAAAAGAAACGGAUUACUCAACUAUUAUUCCUGCUAACGAAACAGAUUACACUACUAUUGCUCCUGGCAGAGUAACAAAUUACACAACUGUUGCACCCAGCAAAAAAACAGAUUACACAACUGUUGCUUCCACAAAUGAGACUGACUACACAACUGCUAUUCCUGCUAACGAAACAGAUUACACAAGUGUUGCUCCCACAAAUGAAACUGAUUACAUAACUAUUGUUCCUGCUAACGAAACAGAUUACACAACUAUUGGUCCAGUUGAAGAGACAGAUUACACAACUGUUGCUCCUGCCGUAGAAAAAGAUUACACAACUGUUGCUCCUGUCAGAGAAACAGAAUAUACAACUGUCAUUCCCACAAAAGAAACAGAUUACACAACUGUUGCUCCUGCUAACGAAACAGAUUACACAACUGUUGCUCCUACUAACGAAACAGAUUACGCAACUCUUACUUCUGUUGAAGAAACCGAUUACACAACUGUUGCUCCUGCUAACGAAACAGAUUACACAACUGUUGCUCCUGUUGAAGAAACAGAUUACACAACUGUUGCUCCUGCUAACGAAACAGAUUACACAACAGUUGCUCCUGCUAAAGAAAAAGAUUACACGACUGUUGCUCCUGGCAGAGAAACAGAUUACACAACUGUUGCUCCUGCUAACGAAACAGAUUACACAACUGUUGCUCCUGUUGAAGAAACAGAUUACACAACUGUUGCUCCUGCUAACGAAACAGAUUACACAACAGUUGCUCCUGCUAAAGAAAAAGAUUACACGACUGUUGCUCCUGGCAGAGAAACAGAUUACACAACUGUUGCUCCUGCUAACGAAACAGAUUACACAACUGUUGCUCCUGUUGAAGAAACAGAUUACACAACUGUUGCUCCUGCUAACGAAACAGAUUACACAACUGUUGCUCCUGUUGAAGAAACAGAUUACACAACUGUUGCUCCUGCUAAAGAAACAGAAUACACAACUGUUACUCCUGCUAACGAAACAGAUUACACAACUGUUGCUCCUGCUAAAGAAAAAGAUUACACGACUGUUGUUCCUGGAAAAGAAACAGAUUACACAACUGUUGCUCCUGCUAACGAAACAGAUUACACGACUGUUGCUCCUGGCAGAGAAACAGAUUACACAACUGUUGCUCCUGGAAAAGAAACAGAUUACACAACUGUUGCUCCUGCUAAAGAAAAAGAUUACACGACUGUUGUUCCUGGAAAAGAAACAGAUUACAAAACUGUUGCUCCUGCUAAAGAAAAAGAUUACACGACUGUUGUUCCUGGAAAAGAAACAGAUUACAAAACUGUUGCUCCUGCUAAAGAAACAGAUUACACAACUGUUGCUCCUGCUAACGAAACAGAUUACACAACUGUUGUUCCUGCUAAAGAAAAAGAUUACACAACUGUUGCUACUGGCAGAGAAACAGAUUACACAACUGUUGCUCCUGGCAGAGAAACAGAUUACACAACGGUUGUUCCUGCUGAAGAAAUAGAUUACACAACGGUGGCUCCAGGCACAGAAACAGGUUACACUACUGUUGCUCCCACGAAAGAAACAGGUUACCCAACUGUUGUUCCUGCCAGAGAAACAGAUUACACAACUGUUACUUCUGUUAAAGAAACAGAUUACACAACUUUUGUUCCCACAAAAGAAACAGAUUACACAACUACAUCUGUUGCUCCUGUUGAAGAAACGGAUUAUACAUCUGUUGCUGCUGCUAACGAAACAGAUUUCAAAACUCUUGCUCCUGUUGAAGAAACAGAUUACACAACUGUUGCUCCCUCAAAAGAAACAAAUUACACAACUGCCGUUCCUGCCAGAGAAACAGAUUACACAACUGUUGCUCCUGCCAGAGAAACAGAUUACACAACUAUCACACCCACCAAAGAAACCGAUUAUAAAACUGUACGUCCCACAAAAGAAACAGAUUACACAACUGCCGCUCCUGCCAGAGAAACAGAUUACACAACUGUUGCUCUUGUUGAAGAAACAGAUUACACAACUGUUGCUCCUGCCAGAGAAACAGAUUACACAACUGUUGAAACAGAUUACACAACUGCCGCUCCUGCAAGAGAAACAGAUUACACAACUGUUGCUCCUGUUGAAGAAACAGGUUACACAACUGCCGUUCCUGCAAGAGAAACAGAUUAUACAACUGUUGCCCAUACUAAAGAAACAGAUUACACAACUGUGGCUCCUGCAAAAGAAACAGAUUACACAACUGUUGUUCCUGAUAAGGAAACAGAUUACACAACUGUUGCUCCUGUUAAAGAAACAAAUUAUACAACUGUUGCUCCUGCAAAAGAAACAGAUUACACAACUCUUCAUUCAGUUGAAGAAACAGAUUACACAACUGUUAUUCCUGAUAAGGAAACAGAUUACACAACUAGAAACAGAUUACACAACUAUUACACAACUGUUGUUCUUGCCAGAGAAACAGAUUACACAACUGUUGCUCCUGUUGAAGAAACAGAUUACACAACUGUUGUUCCUGCUAACGGAACAGAUUACACAACUGUUGUUCCUGCUAACGAAACAGAUUACACAACUGUUGUUCCUGCCAGAGAAACAAAUUACACAACUGUUGCUCCUGUUCAAGAAACAGAUUACACAACUGUUGCUCCUGUUGAGGAAACAGAUUACACAACUGUUGCUCUUGCCAGAGAAACAGAUUACACAACUGUUGCAUCCAUCAAAGAAACAGAUUACACAACUGUUGCUCUUGCCAGAGAAACAGAUUACACAACUGUUGCAUCCAUCAAAGAAACAGAUUACACAACUGUUGAUACUGACACAGAAACAGAUUACACAACUGUCAUUCCCACAAAAGAAACAGAUCACACAUCUGUUGCUCCUGCCAGAGAAACAGAUUACACAACUGUUGUAUCCACCAAAGAAACAGAUUACACAACUGUUACUCCUGCUAACGAAACAGAUUAUGCUUCUCUUGCUCCUGGCGGAGAAACAGAUUACACAACUGUUGCUCCUGCCAGAGAAACAGAUUACACAACUGUUGCUCCCACAAAAGAAACAGAUUACACAACUGUUGCUCCUGCCAGAGAAACAGAUUACACAACUCUUGCUCCUGCCAGAGAAACAGAUUACACAACUCUUGCUCCCACAAAAGAAACAGAUUACACAACUGUUGCUCCUGCCAGAGAAACAGAUUACACAACUGUUGCUCCCACAAAAGAAACAGAUUACACAACUCUUGCUCCUGCCAGAGAAACAGAUUACACAUCUGUUGCUUCCACCAACGAAACAGAUUACACAACUAUUUCUUUUGCUAACGAAACAGAUUACACAACUAUUUCUUUUGCUAACGAAACAGAUCACACAACUGUUGCUCCUGUUGAAGAAACAUAUUACACAACCGUUGUUCCUACAAAAGAAGCUGAAGAUAUAACUCUUGCCCCAAUAAUAGAUACUGAAGUAACAACAUUACUUACUACAGAAGAAACAGAAUACACAACUCCUACUCCUUCAAGAGAAGCUGAAAACAUAUCCACUUCUCCCACACCAGAUAUUAAUGAUACAACACUCUUUCCCACCAAAGAAACAGAUUACACAACUGUUGCUCCCACAAAAGAAAUUGAAAAUAUAACCACUUUUACGAAAGAAACAGUGGUCCCAACACUCUUUACUACAACAGAAUCAGUUUACAGUACUGAUUCUACAAGAGAUGCUGAAUAUACAACCGAUUUUGUUUUAACAACUGAAAUUGUUGACACUGUUACACAUACUAUAAAUGAAAGUUAUUAUUCAACUGUUCCUCCCAUAGAAGUUGAAACUACUGAUAUUUUCCCCACUAAUGAAACUGAUUCUAGAAAUGUUAGUUCCGCAGGUGAAAGCUAUUUCACAACUGUUUAUCCCACAGAAGAAACUGAAGUUUCAACCAUUUUUACCACUAAAGAGACAGAUUUUGCAACUGUUGUUCCCAUGGAAGAAAUUGAUAAUAUGACCCUUAUUCCCUCUAAUGAAACUGAAGACACAACCACUUAUGACACAACAACAAUGGGCUACCCAACAAUCGUUCCCACAAAACAAACUUAUGACACCACUAUUGCCACUAAAGUUACUUAUGAGACAACUCAUAUUUCAGCAGGUACUGACGACACUACCACCGUUGCUCCUGAAGGCACCGACACUGUUACCAUUGAUCCUGAGGCCACCAACGACACAGUUACCGAUGUUCCUGGAGACACAGACCUCACAACAGACGAUACUGUUACCAUUGGUCCUGAAGACAUAGACAAAACAACAAAUGACUCUGUUACUGUUGGUCCUGAAGAACCUGUUGCUACUGUUACCACUGCUCCUGGAGAAACAAGUGAGAGUACUACAGCACAAACUGCACCAACCGAUAAGGAAGACUUUAGUGACUGCAUAGUGGAGGGUCAGCAGUACAAGAAUGGCUCCAGUGUGCCGCUCACAUCAGAUUGCCAGGAGUCCUGUCGCUGUGAUAAUGGGUCGGUGAUAUGUAGCAGAUUAUCAUGCCCUCCACAACCCCCGGCCUUCCUUCGAUGCUCCACAUUACCCGCUAAUGGCACAUGUUGCCCUGUCUAUGACUGUCCCAUUUUCCCUGACGACACCUCGACAGCUGCCCCUGCUUGUGUGGAAGACGGGGUUACUUACCUGAAUGGUGAAUAUGUCCCCAAAGAUUCGGAAUGCGUGGACUGUUACUGUUUGUCCGGCAGCGUUGUGUGUGCUUCCCUGGAAUGUACUGCACCAUCACCCAACUGCAAACCACUGACACACCCUGCUAGAACCUGCUGCCCUACGGAGUACGAGUGCUCUGAGGAUUCCACCACGGACAUAGAGGUUACAGACGAUGGAGUUACUACUGAUGAACCCACCAUCCCUAUCACGAACACAACCACUUCUCCUAGUGUAGAGGCAUCCACUGCCACUGUGAGCCCAGUUGUGAUUGAGGCAAUGAGCUCAUUAACCACAGAGGAUUCAGAGGUUUCUGCAGGCAUUGUAACAACCGAGACACCGCUGAUCUCAGGUGACACCACCACACCAUCUGUAUCAUCUUCAACUAUUUCAGAGACACCCAUAAGUAGCACAGAAUCUAAGGAAGAUGUUUCUGAAGGAACCGCUAUAUCUACCAGCCCAAGUCCAGGCAGCAGUGAACAGUCAGUCAGUGAUGAGAAGGAAGAAGGCACCAGUGCAGUGACACAGCCUGUGUCUCCAAGCACUUUAUUCACCACACCCAGCAGUUCUGUCUCCACCGACUACUCUCUUUUCCCUUCGUUCCCAUCCUCUUCGAGCACCACUUCCACUCCAAUGGAAUAUAACCCAGAAGCAUGCAUGUUUAAUGGGAAAGUGUUUGCCUCAGCUCAGCAGAUUCCUCGUGAUGACCCAUGUGACUUUUGCUUCUGCUUCCGCGGGGACAUCAUUUGUCUGCAGCAGACAUGCCCACCACCCAUUCCCAACUGUUAUGAGGAGGCCAUCGCAGGUUAUUGCUGUCCACGUUUCCAGUGUCCGGUGGUGCAGACUCUAAUGAACAUUACCACUACCACAACACCCAUCCCCACCUACCCACCUGUUCAAAAGGAAGUGGAAGUGGUCAUGUGCGAAAUUGGUCAUCGCUACUAUCAACAUGGACAAAUAGUGGAUGAAGCAUCUGGGCCUUGUCUAGAGUGCAGGUGCGGCAGUGACGGCAUGAUGGAGUGCAAUCCCCGAGAGUGCAAAGCAGAGCCCCUGCUGAGGAGAAUUCUUAGCAGCAAGUACGGGUGAGGUGGAGAGGCAUAGCAAGGCUGGGCGGUAAUCCAGCCCACUCCUUCAGUUCUCAAAUCUGCCCUCCUCAUGUUUACCUGAAGAUAUAGCGUCAAUGGACUUAUUUCAGAAUGACACCAUGUUCCUAGGUUAAAACUAUUAUAUUAAGGGGGAAGUAGGGCAUACUUGUAAUAUUUCAGUAAUAUUUAGGUACUGAAGGUGGAUGAUUAGUAUUGCAAAAGAGAACAUUCUCCAUUAUCCAUCCAACCUUGCAGAAUAACUCAUCCCAUCCCUUUCCCCCAAAUUCCCCUUUAGCCAAGAUUAAUUUAGUCUGACCCAUGAAUCGCUCAAGCAUCAAGUCUGUGUUAGGAGGAUUGUGCAUACACUUUGUUACCAUAUAUUGCUGGAGGAAAUAUACAUACAUGUAGUGCCAAGGCUCGUUUUAUAUAUAUAUAUAUAUAUAUAUAUAUAUAUAUAUAUAUAUAUAUAUAUAUAUAUAUAUAUAUAUAUAUAUAUAUAUAUAUAUAUAUAUAUAUAUAUAUAUAUAUAUAUAUAUAUAUAUAUAUAUAUAUAUAUAUAUAUAUAUAUAUAUAUAUAUAUACUUGCUCCAGUCAAACUCCAGCAUCUUUCAAUUUUUGUUUGGUACACGUGUAAGCAUUUUUCUUCAUCUGUUGCCGUAAUAAGUGAUUUUCUGUUUCCAUUGUCGUGAUUAUUUAAUUCGUUUCAUGUCUGUUAGCGCGGCAGCUAUUAUACUUUUUUUUUUUUUUUUUGCGGCAAUGAAGUUAUCUACUUACCCAGUAUUAAUGACAUUCUGCUCACAGGCCAUUAAUUAUUUUCUACAGCACAUUAUUUAUUUCAUAAGUCUUUAGACAAACAAUCCAAACGUUUGUUUUAUGGCAUUUUAGUGCUGAAUAUGCAUCCAUUACGUUCCGGAAAUUAUGCUUUCUCGUAAAAUUUCUGAAUAUAUAUAUAUAUAUAUAUAUAUAUAUAUAUAUAUAUAUAUAUAUAUAUAUAUAUUAGUAUUGUUCUGGGACGUGUGCGUUUUCUUAUUUUCUUGUAGAAUAAUGUUUUAGCAAAGCGGAGAAAGGGUUCCCGCGCGGCCUAGCGGGUAAGCAAGCCCUCCGAGCUGCUUUGUUGGUGUUUGGUGCUUGACCCGUUUCUGUGAGGGGAAACCGGUUCGAAACACUUCUGCUUCAUAUUUUCUCUUGUGGCUCCCUGUAAGGUACUGACUGAUCUGCUCUCAUAUAUUUCAUCUUGUGUUGUAGUAGAAUACUCGAAGUGCUCUGUUAAUUCAGCGUGCUAGACUGCUGGGUGCAGUGUGCCGAGCGUCACUGGCUGCGAUAAGACGUGCAGGGUUCAGGGAGGGAAGCGUCAUGGCUGCUCCAGGUACAUUGUAAGCCCUUUCCUGCUGCCAGUUAAAGCUUGCUCCAUCAUUCUGAAAACUUGUGAAACGACGAAGGGCUUCAGGAUAGAUGCAAUAAGGUCAGUGUUAAGUUGAGGGCGAGGCAGCUUGGUUUGUGUUGGUUGUAUUGUCCCAGGGACGUGAAUUAAAGACGGAGUUCUAGGUUUAACCAUCCACAUUGCUGGAGUAGAAGUAGCCAGCUCGGUGAAGUGACGUAAAUAGCCUGAUAGUCUUAGUGUGGGGCCUCGCCUGACUGGACAUAAGACGUGGAAUUUACUUGGGCAUUACCAGGAUUGAUACAGCUUGAGCUCAUCGCGAAGAUUUUUUGAGUUAGGGUUCAGACAAGAUUGUGUGUGUGUGAUGUGUUGUGUUGAGUGUAUGUGUGUGUGUGUUCGCUCCAGCAUGUUCUAUGCUGUUUUACGAAAACUUUUAACAUAUCAGCUAUUAUUAUUAUUCUCAGCUUUGGCAAUGGGUAGAAUGGGUGUGAAUUUUUGCAUAUAUAGAUAUAUAAUUAAUUUCGCAUUAGACAAGUAGAGGGAUAAUACCUGGUGCAGCAUUACCUUUCUGGGAGUCUUUCCCAGCCUCCCCACCGCACAGCAAGCGUUGCUAUGUCACGUGUGCUCAUCCCCUCAGAUUCCUUUCCUGUUUAGGUGCCAAACCACUUCAAUGUAUUGUCUUAGUCUGGGUGGGAGAAUACCCAAGAGGCACUUUUAUCUGCCGGGGCAGGUCAGUGGCCAAGGGGCAUCUCAUUGCCCAAAGCUCUCUAGUGUGUGACUGUUGAUUUAAAGUGUUUGUAUGUGAAACUCUAGAUUGUCAAAUGGAAUACAUAGAGUGCAUGGUGCCUUUGAGGUUAUUUUGCCUCUUCCCUUUUGAUGCUGGGGUAGGCCUUCCCCUUCCUCCAUCCAUAUUAGGGAUAACCCAGUAAGCUUAGGGCUGGCAUGUGUAAUACCGUAGAUGUUAGGGUAUGCUCCCAAGAAACCAGUUAGUUUAGAAGUGCUGGCCAUAAAGUGCUCUUUGGCUUCUGUGGAGCUGUUGGCAGUUAUUUCCUUUCUUUUCCCAGCAUUGUUAAAGAUUAAAAAAUAUUAUAUAUAAUCCUUUUGUAUUUGGAGGUACCAUUUCAUAGCUUGAGGAGUUAAUCAUUUAGGAGGAUUAAGUUGAUUUUUUUUAUUAUUUUCAUUCAAUUAAUUAAUAUAAAUGACUUACAAAGUUUCUUAAUGGUAACUACCAUAAUUUAUAACACUAGUAGGGUAUCAUAAACUUCAGUGUUCAAAGUUAGCUUCAAUGUCUGCAUUAUUUGAAAUUGGCAACUUUCUGUUACUGAACAUGACUAGAAUUCUCACAUUUUCUCUAAAAUUAUCGUAAUAUUGUUUCUUAAAACUUAAUCCUCUGGCUCUCAAGUGUAUGUCAUAGUUUUAAUAUCUUUAUUAUCAUUUUUCUGAUAAAACUGGGAAAGUUAAGUAGAUGAUUACCAGGCUCUCAUAGUCUCACCAGUCAGUCCCAAAACACUGAUUGGUGCACUUGAGUGGGCCAACAGUUGGUGUCACUAAGACAGGAUGGGUUGCUUGACUGGUGCCGAGCAUCAUCUUGGAUGUCACACCAUCUCCAGAGAAUAGUGUAGAAUGAACUGCCAUGGUCAAGUCACUGCCCAGGAGACAGCACCAAGCAGUGACUGUGGUAUUGAGCAGUUCAGAAUGCCCAGAAGCAGUAUUCAUUAAUUGUGAUCAAUAUUGGAUUUUUUUGUUUUAUAUUAUUAUUAUUUUAUUAUUAUUAUUAUUAUUAUUAUUAUCAUUAGCAAUAAUAUUUAUUAUGAAGUAGGAUUUUCUUGAAUUAGCCUUACUGAUGAGUCGCCUGUACAGCCGCUGGGUCACUGUUUGCUGCCCAAUUGUAAGCCUUUAUUAUUUGUAUAAAAUGUGAAUAAAAGAGAAAACUGAAA